AUGACCAGAUGUUCAGCGCCACGAGAAAUCCGCGUAAGCGAAGAGACUGCUGAAAAGUGUGGAAAUAAUUGUGCGAAAAAUUCGGCGCCAACCAACAAUUCAGCCUCUUCGCUUGCCGCUUCUGUGGAACUCCUCAAAAAUGCAUCAAAGCCUAUAUGUUGCAAGAAUGGCGAGGAGUGCAAGGUGGCUGGCAAUUGCGUCUGCCGUCCGCCAAUGCCGACGACGGAAGGGAAGGCAACGAGCUCCAAGGAAACCUAUGAUGUGUUCCUGGGCGGCUCUUGCGGUACAACCGUGUGGCGCCGUCAAUCGGUCAUACCGUUCUUGAAGAAGCGUGGCAUCACUUAUUACGAUCCACAAAGAAGCUUCUGGAGCGAGAAUAUGAUCUAUGAAGAAAGCAUUGCUAAAGAAAGUUCAUCCCUAUUCCUAUUCGUUAUUGAUCCGGCGACAGUGAAUGCCACAUCCUUCCUGGAAAUCGCCUAUUUCGCGGCUCGCAAAUCGCCGAAACUUGUUGUUGUUUUCUUAGGCAAGACUGAGUGGGCCGAGAAGGCGCAUCCGGACGAUCUGCCAGAUCGUAAUCGGACAUGCCAGCUGCUUGAUCGCAUUCUUGAAGCUCAUCGAGUUCCAAUGCUUCACACAAUUUCGGAUGCGUUGGAAUUCAUCGAAGAGGAGAUGCUCGGCAAGCAAAGCUUGCGUAGUGUGCUCACCUCGCGAAAGAAUCGCCUCCCAUAUUUCCGUAUUCGUUCAAGAAGAUUUUUGCGCAACGUCAAAUAUCACGGAGAGCUCGUCGCAAAGACGAUCAAGGCGUAUGCAACGAAAACCGCGAUAACCUGCGCGUUCGAUUUGUUCAUCGUCGGAGCAUUUUUCCUAUUGGCGCCGGCUGUCCCGCUUUUCUAUAUUGUGGCGAUGCUUCUCAUUCUCAACGCGUUGGCGUUCGUCGCGAUUGGUCGCGUUCAACAACUUCGCCGACGAUAUCCGCGAAUUGUCGGCGACUCAUCGGCUGUCAUUUACAACGCGACACCCGCAAUUCCGUCGCCACGGAUGACAACCACCACGACCUCGGUGAAUGGAACCAUUAAAGUGUCGUCGGUGCGACGACGCUCAAAACAAACGUUCGAGGAACUAAUUGCCGAGGACGGUUCGUCUGCGUUCAUUAUUCUGCCGUCAUUUGCAAAGAAAACGGAGCCGAAACUCAAAAUUGAUUGCUCUGUCAUUGAAUUAUGCUCAAGUGCACUAGAUGAUAACAAAUGGGUUCAAGAGCUCGCUGCACCUGCCUUAGAUGGCAAAGGAGUCCCGUAUUCGUGCGCGCUCGCAAUGCCGAAAUUCGAAAUCGACACUCGUAUGAAUUGUUUGCAAACUUGGCUUCACCACCACAAAAAAUUCUUCUAUUACAUUCCGACAACGCAAACAUUCCUUUCCGGAAUGGUCGAGAUCGCUUACAUUCUCGGCCACACGAACUGGGAAGGCACUGUGUGUGUGCCGCCAACAUCGCAAUUCUUGGAGGGACCCGACGACUAUAAUCAAGAGGAGAAGGAGCAAACUAGGGCAGCACGUAGACGACGCAACGACUGCUACCAGAUUGCUUUCUGCUAUCUCAAGGAUAUGGCCAAACGUCGUCAAUGCCGUGUGUUCACCGACAUCAACACCGCCAUCAAAGCUCUUGUUGAUCCGGCAAUGCGCGGCGUCUAA